AUGAACUACAAUAACAUAAACUCUGACAAAUAGGAAGCGAAUUCAUUAAACUACAAUUCUUUAAAUGAGUUCGAUAGUCUGAGUAAGGAAGAGCAGGCUUUGAAACUUAAAGAGAAGUUGCUUAGAGAUCUAGGCUACGUUUAAGACACAGAAGAUCUGACUUAGCAGCAUUUAGGUCUAGAUCAAGGACCUAUGAAUAUAGGCAGUCCUGAUGGAUAGGUAAAACCUACUAAAAAUACCAUGAAGUUUGCCCCUAAAUUACCUCAAACUAAAGGCAAUUCUACUAUUCGUAAUAAUAAUCCAAAUCUAUCGAGAGCUCAUCACUAGGCUCUAUCGAAGCAAUUAUCUUAGACCUAACAGGAAGAAGAGUUGAAAGAAACUCAAAGAAUAGUCAAGAAGUAUUCUAGCAAAAAGCAAGAGUCAAGUAAUGGAGGCGAUACUGAAAUGAGCAAUAUGGAGGGCUAACUAUAGUAAUAACUGACUUCACAAGCAAUAGAACAUAGGCUAGCAAGAGCUAUGAACAGCGUAAGCGAUAGUAAUAUUGAAAAUAACAGCUAGCGAUUCAUUAGCAAAUCUGGAGAUAAUAGUUCAUUAAUUAAUGGCCCUUGUAUAGUAAGAGUUAAAAGGAAAAGAGAUGCUGAUUAGCUCGAUCAAAUUUAUCUGGAAUUCGAUUAGAAAGGCACUCUAAAAAGAAGCAAGCUGGUCACUGAGGCUGAAAUCAUAGAACGUUAGCUUAGUAAAUUCAAGUUAGGAAACUAGUAUACCACCUCUUAAUCAGAUAAUAAGGAUCAAUUCUCGCUUGGCAAGCAGAAUAAAUUUGUUUAGGAUAAGGAUAAUGAGGAAUCUUCCAUGAAACAAGUUACUUUGAGAAGGCUAAGACUGCCUGGGACAGUUAGUAAAAGAGACAAUGAGAACGAAAUAAAGGAGUACUGUAUGAAUAUUAUGAAUAUGCGCAGGAAUCAACAAAGGCAGUAAAUGUUAAACUAAAAGCGAACUACUGAGGAUGGUAGAGUUGAAAGCUAAAAUAAUGAUACUAUUCAGAAUAGGCAGCUCAAGAUCUUAGAAUUGAUAACUGAUUCUCAGCAUUAAGAUGAGGAGAGCAAAGAAAUGGACAUGCAGGCAACGAGCUAAUAGAAAAAGGGUGUUACCGAUGAGAAUGAAAGUGACUAUGAUUACUUCCUCGCUGAGGAUUUACCUCUAACGGAGUAGGAUAAGCCUAAAAGAGUUGAGGAUGAUAGAAGUGAUCAAGAUUCUCAUGAUUCAAACAGGGAAGACCACUCUCAGAAUGAUUAUCCAGAUGAACGAUCGUCCUAUGAUGAUUCUCAGAAUGAGGACAAUGACUAUGAAUAGGAAUUGAAGCAGUAUAGCUAUAAGGUGUAAAAUGGUACUAAACCAAGAAAAUCUUCAGAUAUGAUUGAUGAAGAAGAGGCAGCUAGUAAAUACAAUUAGAAGCAGUCGAAGCAGCUAAAGAAUGGGAUAUUUGACAAGCUUAUGAGAAAGGAUAAGAACUGGAGUCAUGCGAAUAAGAUGGCAAUCGACAUCACUCAAAAUGCAACCCUGGAAAUGUAUGAACCUGAGGUAGUGGACAGUGAAGAUAACGAUGACGAUGUAGAUAUGUAUUGA